CUCGCUGCGGCGCGGAGUGCCGGGCAGCCCAGGACGGCUGGAGGUUCCCGACGGGAGGAACGGGCUCUGUGAGGUCAGCGCGCCGCGGCCCGGGUCACAAUGCAGCCCGCCCCCUCGACGCCCGGGCCGUGGCGCGCCGCAGACACCUGCCGGGCUCCGCCUGGACCGGAGCGUCCUCCCGCGGCCAGGGGUCGGGCAGCUGCUUCCAGCCUGGGACCGGCCUCGGCCUCCGGCAGAGCGCCCCGGGGCCUGGACAUGAGUGCCCAGGAGCCCUCGCAGGGUCGGAGAUUCCCCAUUGAGGCCGGAGACUCCCCUGGCCUUGCCGCCGCCCCCGAGUCCCAGGACAGCCCGGAGCCGGUAGCCACGGAGCACAACCCGGUCAGGCCGCUUCGACGCUGCCCGGGCUGCCACUGCCUGACACUGUUGCACGUGCCCAUCGACGUCUACCUGGCCAUGGGCGGGAGCCCCCGGGCCCGCGCCACCUGAGGGCGCCUGCGCACGGCGGCUCCCCGGGAGCCGGGCGGGACGAGGCCCGCCGCGGGCCACCACGCUGAGGUCGCGCGCGCCGAGCACGAGACAAUGAUGCACAUUUUAAAAUAAAAGAAUGAUGCACAUUUUAAUAAAGCACAGCAUAAACUGUUCUUUCCA